AUGGCAGUCCUGGGGGCCACCCUUUGCGCUGUCCUCAUGGUGACUCUAGUGACAGCUAAACCAGUCCAUCUGAAAGAAAGUGAGGAUUCACCCAAGUCAUCAGAGUCCAGUGAAUCCAGUUCAUCAGAAGAGACCACCACUAAUGGUCGGUCUUCACAGGAAACCCUGGAGUCAAACACGCCGGAUGCUACAGAGAACAACCCCCUGGAUGCAACACCGCUUCCCUCUGCAGAUGCAGGACCUUCUCUGGCCACUUCUCCUGCAGACCCACAAACCUCUGCUGACCCAGAUGCUUUACAGCUUGUGCCAGAUCCGUCUCAUACUGCGAUGAGCGUUGAUGUUUCUUUAGAUGUGCCCAAUUCUGGUCCCACAAAGGACUCUGUUAAGGCUGUUAACCCUACCCACAUUCUACCAAACACGCAUCCUUCAGGGCUUUCAGAGGCUGGUGUAGUCAUAGGUACAAUUCAACCACAAGUCAUUACCACAUACCAAGGAUCCACCCAGGGUGUCACUCCACCCUUUCCUACAUGUGUCAUCCAACCAACACCUACAGCAUUCUCCACAGCCCCACCACUGGUACUCCCUAUUGGAACAACACUAGAUGGUGGUCCUGUCUGUUUCACUUUCCAGGUCACAACUGCUGAGCCAGAUCCACCUAGAGGAGACAGCAUUUGAUCCCCAACAGAACACAGAAAUUGUUGUUCAUUUAAGUUUUAGUUCAGCCUAGGUGACCAGGACAGACCACAUUAUGGCUGUACAUAUACACAACCUUGACUUGAUACUUAUAUAGAUGUCCUAACUACACGUGGCUUUUACUUUGCCACUUUUCCCUCAACCUUGGCAAAUGGGAAAAAAAAUGGUGCUAAUGUAUAUGCUGUAUAUAUACAAUAAACACAUCUAAAGCUGUUGCAAUAACAAAAGUACAGUCACAAUAAAUUAAUUAAUAAACAGCUGAAAAUUAAA